CGGAGCUACGUCAUGCGCCUAUGUGUAAGAGAGACCACGUUUUAAACCAAGUGUCCCCGAAAAAAAACACCCUAACCCUUUCUGCUCAUCUCUUCCAACGGAUCGAAAAAGUUUGGACUUGUAUCUGACGCCGGUGCGCACGUGCAAGAAGAUCGUUUUCAUCUGCUCUGAUGCUCUCGUUCAACUUAUACAAAGUGUGCGCGGCAGCCUCUUCCCUGUGAGCCUUAAAUCGCGGUCAACCAUCUCCACCUGGCCGGAAUUUCCUUCCCCGCACUCGGACCAAUGGGGCUGGACAAACUUGUGAGAUUUGGGAAGCAGUUGCUGAGGGUCAAGGUGGUGGACUGUAACACGGAUGAUUCCCGCCUGUCGCGAUGUCUCAACACGAUGGACCUGGUGGCGCUGGGAGUGGGCAGCACGUUGGGGGCCGGAGUCUACGUGCUGGCGGGUGCCGUGGCGCGGGAGAAUUCAGGGCCCGCCAUAGUGCUGUCUUUCCUGAUAGCGGCUUUAGCGUCGGUCCUAGCCGGCUUGUGCUACGCGGAAUUUGGAGCUCGUGUUCCCAAGACCGGCUCGGCUUAUCUUUACUCUUACGUGACUGUCGGUGAACUCUGGGCCUUCAUAACCGGAUGGAACCUCAUACUCGCCUAUAUCAUCGGUACUGCAAGUGUGGCCAGAGCAUGGAGCGCCACUUUUGACGAGUUGAUAGGGAAGCGCAUCGAGGAGUUCUGCAGAGGCUACAUGCAAAUGAAUGCACCGGGUGUUCUGGCAGAAUACCCGGACUUGUUUGCAGUUGUUAUUAUAAUCACCCUCACAGGUCUGCUGGCAUUUGGAGUAAAAGAGUCUGCAAUAGUCAACAAGGUUUUUACUUGUAUCAACAUGCUAGUCCUGUGUUUCAUGGUGAUCUCCGGCCUGGUCAAAGGUACCUUGAAGAACUGGUACCUAGACCCUGAUGAAAUCCUGCAUGCCGGUAAUACCAGUAACUCCAGCCUCAAUUUUACAGACGCCUUACCAACUCGAGAGCAACUCGGUGUUGGUGGCUUCAUGCCAUUUGGUUUCAGCGGCGUCCUGUCUGGAGCUGCGACCUGUUUCUACGCAUUUGUUGGAUUCGACUGCAUAGCAACCACAGGUGAAGAAGCAAAGAACCCUCAGCGAGCAAUCCCGAUCGGCAUCGUGUCUUCGCUGCUCAUCUGCUUCGUGGCCUACUUCUGCGUUUCUGGCGCCCUGACCAUGAUGAUGCCGUACUACCUGCUGGACAGUAACAGCCCCCUGCCUGUUGCCUUUAAGUACGUGGGUUGGGACGGCGCCAAAUAUGCCGUGGCGGUCGGCUCCCUCUGUGCGCUGUCUACAAGCUUACUGGGCACUAUGUUUCCAAUGCCCCGUAUCAUCUGGGCUAUGGCUGACGACGGGCUGCUUUUGGAGUUCAUGGCCAAGAUCAGCCCGCGUAGCAAAACUCCGCUAACUGCAACCCUCGCCUCUGGCAUGGUGGCAGCUAUCAUGGCAUUCCUGUUUGACCUGAAGGAUCUGGUGGAUUUGAUGUCCAUAGGAACACUGCUGGCCUAUACAUUAGUGGCUGCAUGCGUCUUGGUCCUAAGGUACCAGCCCCAGCAGCCCAGUGGGAUGUAUCAGAUGGCCAAUAUGCAGGAGGAGCUGGAGCAGAAUGACGGCAGUAUGGGCAUCCUUCCCGGUGUAGAGGAACGCUUCCGCUAUAAGACAUUAUUGUUCCCGGACCACCAUGAGCCAACCUCUCUUUCGGGCUUCACCGUCAACAUCUGCGCUUCCAUAAUGGGCCUGCUGAUCCUUGUAUUCAGUGCAAUGGCAGUCCAGGGAGGCUUGGCUGUGUGGAACAUUGUGUUUCUCAGUAUCAUCUUCAUCAUGUGCCUCCUUCUCACUUGUAUUGUCUGGAGACAGCCGCAGAGCAAAACAAAGCUCUCCUUCAAGGUUCCGCUACUACCGAUUCUUCCGGUGGUCAGCAUGUUUGUCAACGUCUACCUGAUGAUGCAACUGGAUCGAGGCACUUGGAUACGCUUUGCACUCUGGAUGGCUUUAGGCUUCUUGAUCUACUUCUGCUACGGCAUCUAUCACAGCGCCGAGGCGGCGGGCGCCCGAUCAUCUCCGGGCACGGAGCUGAGCGGCUUCCAGCGCCAUUCUGUAUCCACGACACCCGAAAAGGAGGCCUUCCUGAACAACGGCAUCGAUGUCAGGGAGGAGGACGACGGAGACUUGUAGGGAGCUUUCUUUGACAUCCAUGGCAGCAAUGAACAGGUGUCAUUUUUGUAAACAUGAAGGUAUUGUUUGAUAAAACUGUCGCCGUUCAUACACGGGACUUGUGAAGCUGCUAUCUUGGACAUUUCGCUGACGUUUUAUGAUUCAGCUGUCUUAUGUUCAAAGUUAUUUGUUGGCGACAUGAAACCAGUUGGAGUUCCUGAGUGACCGUAAUACUUUCUAUUUGUUUGUCUGGGUCAGAUUAGGCCUGCAAACAAGCAGCUUCUUUUAUUCCCUUACAAUGAAAUCAACAUGACAGUGUUGGACAAGUGACUUCCAAAAUGUUACAAACGGUCCAGUGAAAAUGAUGAAUGACCGAAAAGGCAACUAAUAGCAGUGCGGUCAAACGAGCUGGAUUUAAACCCAGUUCGAGGAAUCCCAGAUUUUAAAAUGCCAAAAGUGGACUUUUCCAAGCAAAGGAACAUUUUGCCACCCCAGUGCAUGGUGAAAUGAUUUACCGUUCUGAUAUGCCUUCUAUUAGUCAUGCCUAAAGUGUUCCAACAAAAUGGCCACGUAUUUCUUGACAUGCACCAGUAUAUUCUAUAACGGUCAAAGCUUAUGUAAGUGAUGUUGAAAUGUUCCCCCUCUUCUGGCAGGACACUCCCAACACAAAUAGCUCAUCUCUAAUGUUAUUGCCGUCCUUCACUGGCAGCACAAAUGGCUGACUGCACCUGUUGGGGCAGCAGCCGAGGAUGCAGGUCAUAAAGAUCAGGUGUCCAAAAAAGGUCACAACUAGUUCUAGUUUGGAAAGAAUGGAUCAAUCUGUGACGAGGGCUGAGCCUUUUCACAGUGCUGGCUGCUGUGUCCUUUAGCGCCCCCUAGCUUGUUCCAUUGUCAAAACAUAAUGUGAAACAAAUGGAUUUUUUAUUUUAUUUUAUUGACUUAUUAUAGACGACACAGUUUUGUAUCUUUCUAUACAUUUCCCCGUUAUCAAGGCCUUUCAAGCAGUAUUUUUUUAUUUUAGUUAGGAAAUAAUCACAACUAAACAAAUGCCUGUAUAUUUUUUUUAAAGUUUGUACAAAUUAAAUAUGCUAAUACAUGGCUUCUAUUUACAUUAGUCGGAACUAUUUCUAGGUUGCGGUUAAGGUCUUAUUUUUAAGACCAGCAAGUAGUGUGGUUAUUUACAGAAUAUAAUAAAAAAUAUGGACGUAUAUAUAUAUUUUUUUGUUCAAGUAAAUUAUUUAUAAAUGCGGGAGUGGUGUUAUUUUCUAUGUGUGGUGUAUAAAUUGUCUGCAGAUGAUUUGGUACCAGUGGGCUUUGUGUUGUACAGUUACAGGUCUUCUUUCUAAAGCGCGCUAUGAAUCCAAUGCAUCAUCAUUAUUAUUACUAUAAAACAACUUGUGUCCCCAGGAUUAUUAAAAAUCCCUCUCUUCACUAACCAUUGGAAAAAGAUUAGUUGUGAGUUGAACGGGUUUGUGUAAAUAGGACCUUAGCAUCUGCUUGUCAUCUAAUCUUUACUGGAGAUGUAAAAAAUAAAAAAAAUGAAAUAUUGUGCUGUACAGCUGUUCGCUUCUUAUAGUCAGAAAUCUGCUGGUGCGUUGUCUGGAAGAAUAAAAUCAUAUCCCCGUUGUUUGAA